AUGACAUUCCCCCCGAAUAGGUCACGAGGGCCCUUACAAGUGUAUAGAUAUUAUAAUAACACCAAUAAUACCACUAAGGAAGAAGAAGCAAAAAAGAAAAAGAAAAAAAGACGGGGGUGGAAGGGAGGGAAACUGACACACAAGAAUAAAAAGAAGAGAAAGAAGAAAGAAAAUUGUGGGUACUGGCAAAAAAGGCUGGGGCCGUAUCAUAUGGAAAGAGCGCAGGGGUCAAGGGCCGAGGUAUUUUUGCCGCAGAUGACAUCCGCCCCGAAUAGGUCACGAGGGCCCCUGUUUACGCAACAGUUGCUCAGUACACUCAAGCUGAACUUCCUGCAGCGUUUCCGUUCCCCUAUUAGCAGCGUUGUGGGGGUUAUAAUCCCCAUUGUUUUCAUUCUUGGCACCGUUUUAAUCUCGACGACAAUAAAAGAUGAGCAACAUGAGGGCAAGUCCUUUUUGGAUUAUCAAAGGACACAUGAUUCAAUUUUUGAGCAAAAGCUUAUUCUUGCUUCGUUGUGCUACGACUUUAGUCUCAGCGGGAUGAUGAUUGAUGGACUUCCAUCCUGUGAUCGCAGUGGCGGUAUUGUGUCUUGUUUUGGCAAAGAUCACGGUCUGCCACUUAAUGGAAUAUGCAUUCAUGUGGGUAAAUCAGUUGCUAGGUUAGAAAGUUUGGUUCUCGAUUUUUUCCUUCACUAUGGCGAAGGCUUGGCACCUAUUCCAUCAUUUGAUGAUAUGGUAAAACUGCAGUGGUUUGCAAACUGUCUUUCGGCAUUGCUUGAGAAAAAUGGUCAGGAUUGGGGCUUUGGCUACUCUGGUUGGCUUUACUUUACCCCUGAAAAUGAUUACACGGUAUCUUUGGCGUCGUAUUUAAGAGAGAAUACAGAACUCUUUAAGUAUGUCUUUUCGCGCUACUUCAACAGCACGAGGGAAGCCGACGAUUAUCUGAGGCAGGAAAGAGGGAAAGUUGGGAAUUGGGGCGUGAUUCAAGUGAAUGGGGUUUCUAAUGACACUAAAAAUCCUCAUCUUGACGUUUCGAUCCGCCUCAACGCCAGUGCUUUGCCAACUACCACAGGGGUACUGGGUGAUACUUCCAGUGGUGGUAACUAUCAUGGCAUCCAUUAUCUCAUUUCAGGUUUCCUCACGCUUCAAAAGGAGGUAUAUACCCACUACAUUAAAAAGACAUUGAAAUUGCAAGAACCACCUGCACCAUUUAUUUUGCCCAUGGGAACAGUGGACCGCGUUGAGAAGACGUUCCUGUCGACCGCGGGUAAUUUAGUUCCUCUCCUGGUGGUGCUUGGAUUUUUAUACCCGAUCUCCCAAACCACCAGGCGCAUUGUUUUGGAUAAAGAACUACGCAUGAAGGAAGCAAUGCUCAUCAUGGGGUUAUGGCAGUCCGUUCAUUACCUCGCAUGGUUCAUCAUCGCAACACUGCAGUCCCUCUUGGUAUCAUUAGCCUGUGCCAUUCUGUUGAAAUCCUCAUAUUUGAAAAAUUCAAACUUUGGUGUGAUAUUUUUCCUCUUUUUUUUCUUCACGUUGACGAGUUUUGUACUGGCAGGACUAAUCGCAUCUUUUUUUUCCAAAUCUCGAAUAUCAUCCAUUGUGGCUCCACUCAUUUACUUUUUAUUUUCCGUCCCAUUAUUUGCCAUUCGGAGCGUGAGCGGCAGUGUCGUGUCAGGGCUUUGUAUAUUAUCACCAACCGCCUUUGCAAAAGGGCUUAUGCUAUUAUUCAACCAUGAGCUUUCGACAGGCUUUACCAAUGAGGAUAUCAACAGUCCUUUUGACCAACCGAAUAUGAUUCUCGUUCUUAUCCUUUUGGUCGUGGACUUAUUUCUUUACACUGUUCUCAUGCUUUAUUUUGACGCCGUGAUACCAAAUGAGUGGGGUACACCGAGACAUCCGUUGUUCUGCAUUCUUGAGCCCCUUCGCAGAUUCCAGAAAAGGAAGAGGGAGUGGAGUAGCGAUGAGGAUGGUCGUAAUCCAUUUGGUGUCUAUGAAACACAAACGUGCGAGGACUCCACAAGGUCAGCCGUGCGGAUUUGCGGUUUGACGAAAGUUUUCAAGAGGGACGGUGAGGAAUUCUUUGCGGUGAAUCACUUGCACUUGGAUCUGGUUGAGGAUGAAAUCUCCGUCCUGCUCGGUCACAAUGGUGCCGGCAAAUCGACCACGAUGAACAUGAUGACGGGUAUGCUUAGGCCGGAUGGUGGGGACUGCUACAUUUAUGGUCACUCCAUCCGCAAACAAUUGAACAGGGCACGACAGGAAAUUGGUUUCUGCCCCCAGCACAACGUUUUGUGGCCAAAUCUCAGCUGCUAUGAGCACCUUGAAUAUUUCUCCAGCAUCAAGGGGCUGACUGGGAGCCUCCAGAGGAAAUGCAUUGAUGCAAUGCUUACCGGUGUGGAUCUGCAAGACAAGCGCCAGUGCCUUUCUUCGUCACUCUCUGGCGGACAAAAGCGAAAACUUUCUCUCGCUAUCGCAUUUGUUGGGAACAGCCGUCUUGUUUUUCUUGACGAGCCCACAGCAGGCAUGGAUGUGGCGGCCCGUCGUCAUACCUGGGAACUUUUGCGGCGUAUGUCUGCUGGCCGUACAAUUCUGUUGAGCACCCAUUUCAUGGAUGAGGCAGAUCUCCUUGGGGACCGCGUCAUGAUUAUGAGUCGAGGAUCCCUGCAGUGUGCAGGCAGUAGCGUUUUUCUAAAGUCGAAUCUCGGUGUGGGGUACAACAUUACUUUAUCCGUGACAAGGGUCGCGAGCUCACAGGCGAUUUGGAACCUUAUUCGAUCUCACAUCCCACCCGCGGAGUUGUUGAGCUGCAAUGCUGGAGAAAUAACUUACCGGCUGCCCAUGGAUUUUGUGAAAAAUUUCCCCCCAUUACUCCGUGAUAUUGAAGGACUGGGAGAGGAGUACGGCGUGCAGAGCUACACACUUUCCGCCACAACGCUGGAAGAGGUUUUUCUUAAAAUCGCCCACGGGGAUGGGGUAGGUGCGAUUCCGGCUGUAGAGACGCAGCCGAUAGUUCUGAAGGGUGAUUAUUUGGAGAUGGACGAGAAGGGGAAUAAAACCGUAGAAUUGGAAGAGGAUUUUUCUACCACGCAGAAAGAUACCCCGCGCUUAGUCGCCCACCCAUCGAUCAGAAGCAGAAGUAACAGUGGAAUAGAAACGAUGUCACAGCUUCAAACCAUCUGGGAAGCAGAAGUAAUUAAAGAUGAGUUCAGACUCAUGUUUUCUCAGUUGAAGGCUUCUUUGAUGAAACGCCUUCUGUAUGCUUUACGCGAUCGUCGUACACAAUUUAUUCAAAUUGUCUUUCCAGUCGUCAUGCUGACUUUUGUAUUACUUCUCCAAUUGGUGGAAUUCUUCAGUUACCCGUCGUUGUUACUCUCAUCAAAUAUGUACGGUGAACGUGUUUUGAUUGAUUUGGCUGCUUGCAACGGAACCAUUAACGUUUCUAUACCUUUUGCCAAGAGUACGUCGUUUGGGAUUCAUGAUAUUGCGGAUACAGGGGAUCUCUACAAAUACCUUAUUGAACAGCAAAAAACACCUUCAUUGAAUAGGUAUACUAGUAUCUCUUGUAAUGAUGUCGUCUAUCGGGAACGAAAAAUUCUCCUUUACAAUGGAUCUGCUUUACAUUCUUCUGCACUAAGUCUUGUCGGGUAUUAUGGCUCGGUGUUGUAUGCGCAAUUACGCGGCGCGUCGACCGCAUAUCAAGAAGAUAUUUUUUUGACGCGCAACUUUCCAAUGGUUCAAACAACACGUGAGCAUGCAACGUCCGAAGCGAUCAAAACGGUACUCAUGGGCAUUUUGGCCAUUAUUCCAUUCUCAUUUAUACCAUCGACAUUUGUAUCGUUUGUGGUAAGGGAACGGGAGUGUAAGGCCUGUCAUUUGCAAAAGGUUUCAGGUUUGCGGUUUUCAAUCUACUGGUUGUCUAACUACAUCUUUGAUUUCUUCUGUUACCUUAUUACCGCAAUAUUGGCGAUUCUUAUCAUGCUGGCAUUUGAUCGUAAGGAAUACAUUUCAUCUGAAAAAAUUGGUGCCACCUUUGUACUUCUCCUUAUGUAUGGCUUAUCAUGUAUCGCCAUGUCGUAUGCGGUUUCAUUUCUAUUUAAGCAGCACGCUUCGGCACAGAAUGUUAUGCUUUUGGUGAAUUUUAUUGCUGGAUUCUUCAUGGUACUAUUGGUGUUUAUUCUUGAAAUGUUUGAAAGCACCAAGACGGCAGCCAAAGGACUUCAGUGGACAUUCCGCAUUUUCCCCAGUUACUGCAUUGGGGAGGGCAUUUUGAAUUUGUCAUUAUUAAAGGGGAAAGAGGAUGUGAGGGGUAAAAGAAUCUCGCCCUGGGAACUUGACGUGGUAGGCAUUCCUGCUAUUUACAUGGCAUGUGAGGUGCUAGUGUUCUUGUUGAUUACAAUCUUUUUGGAUCACCCAACGCGUCGCAUGCGCACAAAAAGGGCGCUUCAUCGGGGUAACGGUGAGGCGGAGGAAAUUGCUGAUGAAGAUGAAGAUGUGGCGAUGGAGCGUCGCCGUAUCCAGGAAACGGAAAACAAUCCAUCAGAGGAUAUUGUACGGUUAGAAAAUAUGCGCAAGGUGUACAGCAACGGUAAAGUCGCUGUGCGCAAUUUAAGCCUCGGUGUGAAAUCCGGUGAAGUGUUUGGAUUUCUUGGCACCAACGGCGCAGGCAAGACGACGACGAUUGCCAUCCUUUGUCAGGAGAUGGCCCCAACUAGUGGACGGGCAUUCGUCUGCGGUAAAGACACUGUCAGAGAUUCACGUGAGAGUUUACGUUGCAUUGGAUACUGCCCACAGUUUGACGCAUUGCUUGAACUUUUGACGGUGGAGGAACAUCUUAACCUGUACGCCGGUGUUCGUGGUGUCAAAAGCGGGGAGCGAGAGACGGUGGUCCGGGAUUUGAUGGGGCUCUGUGAACUCACCGCGUACUGCAGUACACUCGCUCGCCAACUGAGUGGUGGUAACAAACGCAAACUUUCUGUUGCCAUUUCUCUUAUUGGUGGUCCGCGUGUUGUCUUCCUUGACGAGCCCUCAGCUGGCAUGGACCCUAUCGCUCGGCGCGGGCUCUGGACGGCCAUUCAGGGCAUCUCAUGCUCUUGCUCCGUCGUGUUGACAACACACCACUUGGAGGAGGUGGAGGCCCUGGCACACCGCGUUGCCAUCAUGGUGAACGGCAGUCUACGGUGCCUGGGGAAUAAAACGCAUCUGAAGCGGAAAUAUGGAAGCGGAUUUGAGAUGGUAAUCCGCAUGGCAGAUGAUGAGAUGCGGGAACGGACGGAAGAAUUUAUUGCCAUGUAUUUCCCGGCUGCGAAACUCAACGAGGUCCGGGGAAAUCGCUGCACGUACGCCUUGCCGGCCACGACGAUCCUCUCCGAGGCGUUUGGUUUGUUGGAGGCGCACAGGAAUGAGGUUGGCAUCGCUGACUACACCUUGUCACAGACCAGUAUUGAGCAGGUAUUUCUUCGCAUCAGUGAACAGGCGCAACAAGAGCCCGAUUCCGUAAAUGUUACGGCAGCAUGA